AUGGACUUUGAUCUUUCUUUGCUUUUAAAGGAGAUUCAGUUACAACAUGGUUUGCGCGCUGAGGACUACGCACGUUACCACCGCUACACAACUAACCGUCUCUCAACACUGCGGCACCAACUUGGUCUUGUGCAAGACCCAAAGAAAUUCCACCAACGUGAGAUAACACCGGUGAUCGCAACGCGGCCUGAAUAUUUGCAAUUGCUCGUACUCUGUGCAGAGCGAUGUUGGGCCUCAGCGGAGGAUUUGCAAGAGAAACUUCGUACCGCAGAACGUGGCGGCGAGAAACCUCCGGGUGGACUUCCACCCAGCGAUCAGUUUCGAAAACGUCUGAAUAAAUCCGUUAAAUGGGCUACACAGUUGCACGCUGUAGCAAAAGUUGUUGCAAGUGAACGUUUACAAAAGGAAACGGAGGCAUAUAUGUUGGAAGUUAAGGGACGAGCUGCUGUUUCACAUUCUUUAAUGAGUGAAGCAAAGGAGUUUUUUCUUGCAGCACGUGAGAAAUACUACGCUCUUCGAAAUUGUAGUAAUCCUGAACAAUGGGCGCUUCUUCUUGCAAAGGUGAAUGAACUUGAUGAUCGUGUGGUAUAUUGUAUGCUGCGUCUAGGUGAAGAUGCUACUAGUUAUAAACCUCAUAUCGAUGUUAAAGACCCAGCACAACAAUUGGCUACUACUACUAUUGAAUGGAAUGGACGACAGUUAAAUGUUGCAUCUAUUAAAGUAAAGGACGCUUUACGUGAAGCUCGAGCAUUAAAUGUUGAUGGAGCCAAGAUGAGAGCGAUGGAAUUAAGUGGUCCUAUUCCUCUUGGACAGCAAAAUAAAGUAUUGGAUCUAAUGGAUAGACGUAUUGGAUGUCUUAAUGAUGCUCUUUCUCAUGCUAGACAAGACUUACGUACCUUGGUUGAUGAUAGACAAAAGACAGAGUUACAACUUCUUGUUCAUUAUUUACUUUUUCAAGUUUCAUAUGAAACAUUACAACGAACUUUAUUUAUGGUUGAAGUAUAUGUACGUCGUUUUCGUGCUACAGAAAGAUCCCUUAGUAACAGUAGUAGUAAUAGUGGAAACCGUAGUAAAAAAGAAAUUCCUCCAUCACAAUAUGCUUCACCACUUGAAAUUGUUCGUUUGUAUGAUGCCGCAUUAGAAACUUUAGGAGAAAUGGAAAUUUUACCAGGUGUUUCUGGUCGUGUAGAUGUGGAAGAAUUACUUGCCUUGUGUCGUGCAGGGAAAUUACUCUAUCUUGGUGAAGGAUGGCGCAUUUCAAAGGAAUCCGUUAAAGCACAAAACUGUUACAAAGCCUCUCUUGCUAUUCUGGAGGAUGCUCCAUCUGCUCCACAAGUGGAAGCGCUUCGUCUCAUUGUGGAGAAAUCUUCUCUGCAAUUGGCAUCAGAAAUGUUACUGACUACUCUUCCAUAUGGGACAACUACUGGUAAGGAAGUGAGGAGUCAACAAAAGGGUAAUCAUAAUGAUGAUAAAAAGGAUCAAAAGGAAAAGGAAUUACAUGGUCAAUCAUUAGAGUAUCUUGUGGAUGCUGGUGAUGAGGUUACUAUGGCACAGAACAUCAUUAAAUUCCCACCGGAAUAUCAAGCGGUUCCCUGUAAACCAGUUUUUGUUGACAUUGCCUCAACCUAUAUCGACUAUCCAAUGAUGUCCACCGCUUCUCAGGAAGACCAAAAACAAGGAGGAACUCCAGAGAGUGGGAAGGAGGAAAAGGGAUGGAAGUGGGGUUGGGGUUGGCGCAAGUAA